CCUUUUACACAGAUACUCAUUACGAGACAACAUAAAGUACGUCUCGGAGGACCUGACCCAUUAUUGCCCAUUCCAGUCACCCGCACAGGCUUCCCUGCAUUAUCGUCUCCUGUGUGCUGCCGUUCCAACCACUUUAUCUGGGUACCCAAACCUUUCUUAUCACGUCAACUGAGUGACCUGCGACCAGUGAUAAUUGUUUAAUCCAUAUCACAUGACCACCCGUGUUUCGAAUCUCCCAAAUUCACCUCGUCCUCGUGUUCUGCUUAAGAACUCGGAAUCUCCUCCGUCUACUCGAACCCCCCUGACCCCAGCAUCAUCAGUUCCAUCUCCAUCCCCAUUUGCAUCAUCAUCUCCCACCAAAAAAACCGUUAAAUCACCCCAGUCCUCAGCUCGCCCUAAGACAAGAGUGGGCCAUUUGUUCCGGAAGGCUACGAGCGAGUUUGGAAGUUUCUUUCAAAGAAUCAAAUCUUUGGGGGACGAGGUUUUCAACGAAAACCAAGCAAUCUCCGAACUUUUUGAUACGUCCGACGCCGACUCACUUAUGGACCGGAUUGAGCGUAUUUCCCGUGGAUAUAACGUCAACGAAGAGAAGUUUUUAUUGGAGUACAAGAAACACAAAAACUUGGAUAAGAUAUAUAUGAGCAUGCAACAACGUCAUUAUCAUGGUUCGAAUCCCAACGAAGAGAUCAAGAGCUCUUCAACCGUGUACUCCGAUUCGGGUAACAAUAUUGGAGUGCAGUACGGUGUGAAGGAAGGGACACUCCAGGAACAAUCGGAGACUCUAAACGAUGAGGUAGAAGAUGACGAUGAGAUGGCAGGUGAUGACCAAGAAGAUCAAGAAUGUAGUCAGAACUCUCGUGACAAGAUAACGUUUCACGACAUUGACCUCGUGCAUCUUCGCCAGGAAUACGAAGAAGACAAAGAAACAAAGAAGAACUCCAAUAUUGGAGAGUUACUUUGGGAAUACAGACGGGCCAAGUGGGUUCAGCCCACCAAGACCAAUUCACAAGCCGAAGCCCUUGAAACGCGUCACUUCUUUGACCAGAUUCCCAAAGAUUCGUAUGUUAAGGUAUAUAACUAUCUUGUGGAAAAGGGAAGACCAUUAAAGGCUGGUAGAAGGAUCAAUUUAAGUGAUUUCAUGAAAGUGGUAAAUGCUGGAUGGGAAGUGGAGGAAAAGUGGGAUAGAGCUGCGAGAGGACUUGCAUAGUCAAAACUUUUGGGUUUGUGGUAAUACCAAUGGUGUAUAUAAGUAGUAUGUAAUCUAAUUAAUGAGUUAAUUGUUGGUUCUGCUUGUAUCUGUAUCAGAAAGUCAUCAUAUCAUCACCCUGGUCCCUACAUUAACCUGCCUUUCCAUCAAUCUGUCUCUAUCACUUCUUGUCUUGGUUAUGCUCAACUAUAUGAAGAGUCUGUUUGAGAAUCCGUAGGUCCUGGUCUAUACGCUCAGCACAAGACUGGAAACUCAGUACCAUGUCGGGCUCUCCUUCGAGACGUCUUUUGGUUCGCCUUAUGGCCCUCUCAAGAUCUGCUUUGCUCGUGGAGAGCCGUUCAAAGUUCACAGCUAUAUCGUUGUUUAGCUGAUUAUUGAUCUCCUUAUCAAGGAGGUGGAUAGUAGUGAUUUUAUCGAGAAGAGUGGAGCCAUUGACAUCAUUGCGAGAGUUGUGCCUGAUAGCAGUUUCUACAAAAUGCUGUAGUUGUGUAGAAAUUGUCUCAGACUCUUUGAGAGCCUUUCGUUGAUGUUGUUUCGCUUUCACAAGAAGGCUGGUGUGGUCCAUAACUGAUU